ACCUUGACUUGGAUUGAUCUCUCAGCAAACUAGACCUGGACCUUCACUGACGUCUCUUCUGGAUUUCUGGCUUGGCACGGAAGAAACCCCAGGCCAGCUGUUUGGCUGCCUUAACCAAGUCUUGGCUCCCCCAUUUUCUUUUCUUUGAGUGACCCAUGCCCAGGAGCAUUUUCCUAACAACUUUACUGGAUUGAUGCUGCCACUGAUAGUUGACACAUCUCUGCUCACCUAAAGGAUCUGGAGACAAACCUGUGCAGAGUGAUGGGCAGUGCUGACCAAGGCUUGACCGCUCUGCCACACAGCCAGGUCAACCUUCACAAUCCUCUGCUGUUUUCUGGCCUGGAGAAGCUGCCUGUUGCUCAAGACCCUGACAGCCAGAGCUGGAGGUCCCUUGAUAGUCCUAGCCCCCCUGCCACACCUGAGCAAACCCUACCUACCUUCUGUCUUCAGUACUUUGAUAUGCUCUACCCGGACAAUAGCAGUUGGGUUCCUAAGGGUCUGGGUGAAAGCCAGCAGCCCAGCAGUCAAGGGGGCAGGGCAGAAGUACCUAAAGAACCAGAGCAGUGCCCUAUCAUUGACAGUCAAGGUUUGAGCCUCACACCUGAUAUGGACUACCAAGCCAGCCUUCAUCUGGAGGAGCACUCCCUGGAGCAGGUGCAGAGCAUGGUGGUGGGUGAAGUACUCAAGGACAUUGAAACAGCUUGCAAGCUUCUCAAUAUUGCUGCAGACCCAGCAGACUGGAGUCCAGGAAAUGUCCAGAAAUGGAUCUUAUGGACAGAACAUCAGUACCGGCUGCCUCAGAUUGGGAAAUCAUUCCAGGAACUGGCUGGAAAGGACCUGUGUGCCAUGUCUGAGGAGCAGUUCCGUCAGCGGUCCCCAGCAUGUGGUGAUGUCUUGCAUGCUCAUCUGGACAUUUGGAAGUCAGCUGCCUGGAUGAAGGAAAAAACUGCCCCUGGAGAGAUGCAUUACUGCGGGAAUGAAGAGAACUGGACAGACAGUGAGGUGGACUCAUCCUGCUCAGGCCAGCCAAUUCACCUAUGGCAGUUUCUGAAAGAGCUUCUGCUGAAGCCUCAUAACUAUGGGCGCUUCAUUCGCUGGCUUAAUAAGGAGAAAGGUAUAUUCAAGAUUGAAGAUUCUGCACAAGUGGCACGUCUAUGGGGAAUUCGGAAGAACCGGCCUGCCAUGAACUAUGACAAGUUGAGUCGCUCCAUCCGGCAAUAUUAUAAGAAAGGGAUAAUCAGGAAACCAGACAUCUCCCAACGGCUGGUCUACCAGUUUGUACACCCUGUCUGAGGACUACUUUGUGGGCUGGAGAACUUCGGGAAGUAUAGUACCCCUUUCCCUUGCAAUAUAACUUUAACAUGCAGAUGAAGUCAAGGGUUGGACAAGAGGCUGGAACCCACUGGAUUUGUCUGCUGAACUUCCAAGAUUCAUGUGUUCCCUAACUGUCUAUGUGAACAGGGAAACAAACUUUUAUUGUCAAGGUAAAAUGGCAAAGAAAAGUAACUGCUGUGAAAUGUAUGAAGUAUGUACUUUUCAUUUUGGGGUUCACGGUUCUGUGUAUAGGAAAUUUUCCUUUCUGUAUAUAUAUACUGUAUAUAAAUAUAAAUCCAGCUGCAUGCUAUGGGAAGCCAAGAGUAGGUGGGAAUUUGGUGGAAAGGGGGGAAAUGGUGGUGGUAUUGAGACUCAAGAGUCUAACCAGUACAUGUUGCUUCAUUUCCAAUGAAUUAAUUUGUAGAAUACUGUGGGCAUAAAAGCAAUUUAUUUUUGCAACUUUGCUAAGCUUGAGCUGUAGGGCACAUCUCUGACAGAACCAGAAAAAGUCUCACAUGAGCCAGAUCUUGCAAUAAACACA